CAAUCCGUUCGAACCCGAUGCUUCUUCUUUCGUCGGUAUGACGACGUUGGAUCAAAAUUCAACGUUUCCGACGACUAGCCUGAAUUUCGAAGAUGUGACGUCAGCCAAUCUCACUAAUCUGGCAGACGUCUCGCCACCUUUGUUCAAUAUGAAUGAUACCGAUGGAGAUUUGCUACUCGGAUCGUGUGAAACUGACCAAGACAAAGAAUGCAGAUUGGAUACGAGAGAUAGCUUGUCUCUGAAGAAGUCUGCAUUGGAUGAUGCGGUUGCGAUUCCUCAAUCUUCUCGUAUUGAGACUGCACAGGUUUCAUUCUCAAUGUCUCAGUAUCUUGUCCCGACGUCGCUUGAGUGGUCAGAGAGACGGGAGACCGAACAUUCUGAACAGAUGAGCACGUCCGGUCAGUCGCAGUUGGUUGGAGCUCUUUAUAAUCCAUUUGAUGAUUUAAGUCUACCUGCUGGUCAGUUUGGCAGUGAUGACAUCCUGGGUACCGAUGAUGAAUUCAGACCUGCUGAGGACGUUGUUGCCAUGCUUAACAGUAGUGAGAUUGAUGUUGAUCAGAAGAGCUUUGCAGAGGCGUUUCCUGGUGUCACAGCAAUUACUGUAGAUGCGAAUGCGGACACUACUGAGUCAACUGAGACGUCUCGUAGUGCCUAUUUUGCAGCCAGGAGCAGUCGGCUUGGCAUGAUAGAGAGUGAGACAACGACAAGUGUGGAUGGAGAGUUACGGCCACAUUUCAGUGAUUCUCACAGUAUUUAUAGUCCACAAACUCAGGAGCCGGCUGCUCUUUAUCGCUCAAGUUUGCAAACUCAAGCAGCAAUGCUGCAGUCCGAAAUAGACGAAUUGUCAUGCAGCAACGUACAAAAGCCAAUCAGUCAUUUCAAUUCUGAAUUUAGUAUGUCUUGUUUUGUACUGUUACAUUGGUCGUAUGGUUAGUUACCAAAGUUCUAUCAGGUGUGAAGACAUUGACUGAUGUUAAGAUUGAUGGUUUGGGUAUGAGGGGUACUGGUA